ACAAAACUUUCAUAAUGCACUUUGAGUUGGUGGGUGUGACACGGAGCAGUGAGUGACGUUUUAAAGGACAUUGAAAAUGCUGGUAUCGCCAAACCACAAUCAUUCCCGAUUGCUUUUGAAGAGGUGGUUCGCGCCCUUUGAAUUCAGUAGAACGUUACAUAACGUAUAAACGAACUGAACGUUUCUCCGGAAAAGAGUCCGCGGAUAAUUCGGUUCGGUCACCUGUAAACUGUAUUGGACGAGCGAAAAUCUUAACAUUAUCUCAUCAAGACUUCAAAGAUGAGUGUUUUUCGGCCAAAUAGAUUACAUUUGAUUUUUAAAAAAUACUUCACCGCAAAUGUUAGACGACAGAAAUCUGCUUGCAACGGUUACUGCACUUAUCUUCCAAUUCCAAAUACACUAACUGCAUUCUGUGAUGAGGGAGCUGCCUUAUGUUUGUCCACAACUAAGCAACUAUGUAACAACAGAACAUUCUCAACAAAAAAGACGUACGAAGACGUCUUCCGAACAGCGAGAGAUGACCCUGAAACUUUUUGGAGUAAAGCAGCCCGAAGUAUCACCUGGUUUAAGCCAUGGAGACAAACACUGGACAAAGAUGAUGUCGUAUUCCCAAAGUGGUUCGUCGGUGGGGAGUUGAAUGCUUGCUACAAUGCUGUGGAUCGUCACAUUGAGAGCGGGCGAGGAGAUCAGACGGCCAUCAUACAUGACAGCCCAGUUACUGACACAAAGCAGAGCAUCACGUUCAGGGAACUCCAUGAGCAGGUGUCCAGGCUGGCGGGGGUCCUGGUGAAACAUGGGGUCAAGAAGGGGGACCUAGUGGUCAUCUACAUGCCCAUGGUGCCAGAGGCCAUGUUCACCAUGCUGGCCUGUGCCAGGAUUGGUGCCCCCCACAGCCUCAUAUUUGGGGGCUUUGCUUCCAAGGAGCUGUCAGUCCGCAUCGACCAUGCCAAGCCCAAGAUGAUAGUGACGGCCUCCUUUGGCAUUGAGCCUGGCAGGAGAGUGGAGUACAUCCCCCUGGUGGAGAAAGCCCUGGAGCUGAGCUCUCACAAGUCCUCCAAGGUCCUCAUCUACAAUCGGCCCAACAUGGAGAAGGUGUUUAUGCACCGUGACCUCUAUCUGGACUGGGACGAGGAGAUGGCCACCUCCAGUCCUCAUGACUGUGUGCCUCUUCCUGCCAACCACCCACUGUACGUCCUCUACACCUCUGGGACCACAGGCACGCCGAAGGGCGUUGUCAGAGACACCGCUGGGUAUGCUGUGAUGUUGAAUUGGACCAUGGAAAACAUUUACGCCCUCAAGCCUGGUGAGGUUUGGUGGGCAGCAUCUGACCUAGGCUGGGUAGUUGGCCACUCCUACAUCUGCUAUGCCCCUCUCAUCCAUGGCAACACUACGGUUCUAUAUGAGGGCAAGCCUGUUGGGACGCCGGAUGCUGGGGCGUUCUUCCGUGUGCUGUCCGAGCAUGGUUGUUCCUCCAUGUUCACAGCGCCCACCGCCAUAAGAGCCAUACGCCAGCAAGACCCCGGGGCCACACUGGGCUCUCAGUACCCCCUCACCAGACUGCGGAGCCUCUUUGUGGCUGGAGAGCGCUGUGAUGUGGAGACACUGGAAUGGGCCAAAAGAACCUUUGGAGUGCCUGUGCUGGACCAUUGGUGGCAGACCGAAAGUGGCUCAGCCAUCACCUCCUCCUGUAUUGGCCUGGGAAACUCCCUGUCACCUCCUCCUGGACAGGCAGGCAAGCCCGUCCCAGGAUACAAUGUCACAGUGAUCAAUGAUGACAUGCAGGAGGUGGCGCCGAGGAUCUUGGGAAAUAUUGUGGUGAGACUCCCACUGCCACCAGGAGCAGCCUUGUCUCUGUGGCAGAACCAGGAGCUUUUCAAGAAGCUCUACUUUACCAAGUUCCCUGGUUACUAUGACACCAUGGAUGCAGGCUAUUUGGAUGAGGAGGGUUUCCUGUACAUCAUGUCCCGCUCUGAUGAUGUAAUCAACGUGGCGGGGCAUAGGCUGUCAACAGGAGCACUGGAAGAGUCUGUCCUGAUGCACUCUGGGGUGGUGGACUGCGCUGUGGUGGGUUUGGAGGACUCUUUGAAGGGCCACAUUCCCCUGGCUCUGUGUGUGCUGAAGAAUGACCUACAGACGAGCCAGGAUAAGGUGGUUAAGGAGAUUGUGCACCUGGUCAGAGAGACUAUUGGGCCCGUAGCUGCCUUCAGGAAGGUGCUAAUUGUCCGUUGUCUCCCCAAGACCCGCUCUGGAAAGAUCCCCCGUUCCUCACUGGCCAACCUGGUCAACGGGAAACCCUACAAGAUCAGUCCUACCAUUGAGGACCCAGAUGUGUACAAAGACAUCGAGAGGAUGGUGAAACUGGAGCAGGGACACGCUGACAAGUGACUCCACAACGUCCUGCUCUAACCCUCCUCUCUCCAGAGAAUGCAGUGUCUACCGUGAGCACUGGACUAGAGCUGCACCUCUGGCUGAAUGGAAAAAUGUGAUAAUCCCAGAGAUUAGCCCUUGUCUUCACUAGCCCGGUUGCUGGAUCAGAACGCAAUUUAGCCAACGUUGGACAUGGCCCAUCAAACCACGACUACAGAACAAGCACACAGUGCGUCUUUACUAACAGUCAUACUUAUGGGAGACAUAUGUUUGUGUGGGGAUGACUCUGAGGAGCUAGAAAAACAAGCGGUACGAAAUAACUUCAGAGGUACUCAUACUGUAGUUGCUGGAAAGUUCUCAUACCUGUAGAUUUGAAUGGAUCAUUGUGUCUGGCCCAUGAUGGUCUCUUUGAGACUGCAACUAUCUGGUGCUUUUUCCUUUUUCUGGGUGUAAUCCUAAUGUUACCUUUGACCCCUGGGGAACAUUUCAUAAUUUCUAUGUAAAAAUGGGUUUUAAAAAUAUUUGUUCUGGAAAGUCAUUAAAUUAGCUUUCAUAAUAGUAAAUAAUACAACCAACUUGGAAAUCACUAGCUAAAUUGUUUGUAAUGCAGUGCUUCUCAAACCUCUCCUGGGGACCCCCAGACAUUGCAUGCAUUAGGUAUAGCCCAGAGCUAGAACACCUGAAUCAACUAAUUAUUGUCCUUGGCAGCUUGAUUCAGGUGAGCUAGUUCAAAGGUACAAUGAACAUUAUGAGACGGCUGGGGGGCUGCGGGGGAGGUUAGACAACCACUGUUGUAAUGGAGCAACUAUGUUUUGGGAUUUUUAAUUUGUAAAAGAUUAUCAGUAUAAUGAUUAAUGGAUUCACAGAACUCACCAAUUAAUCCACAGAAUCGUUUUCUCGGCAAGUCUGCGUACCAACUCGGUGGUGUCUUUGGAUCAGGAUCAUAUUGGUAUGAAAAACUAUUGUAAUAUGACUGCAAAUAUUUAGCGAAGUUCAGAGUGAUGUAGAAAACAACCCCAUUAGCCAGCUGAGCCAGAUACAUUACAUUAUUCACAGAAUUGUGGCGACAAUGUUCCCAAAGCCCUGUCUGAAUAGCUGAUUACUGAAGAAGCAGUACGUGCGCUGAAGUCUAAGUCAGGGUAGGACACUAGAAAUACAUUUUUCUAGUUAACUCGAUAGAAAACUCGAUUGAGCUUGUUUGUUUUUUUUUGUCCUAGACUAGGCUUAAUCUGUGUUUGCGAAACCGGCCCUAAAAGUCGGAUAAUAACCACUAGUCGGGAUGAACUUCCUAACAAGCUGCUAAUCUAUUUCUAUUACAUGCGUCAUUAGAUGACAAGCAGUUUUACCGGAACAGUAUGUCAUGGUCCCAUUCACGGGUCUAUUGAGACUGCCCAGGACAAUUCCUAAAACAUAUGGCACUACAUCGAUCUCAUCACGCUUCAGUAACACAUCUCACCAGUUUCAUCUAUAUGACUCCUAACGUACUGCGAGCAACUGAGGGCACAUGGCGUAACCGGACGAUUCAAGCAUUCAAGUCUGAAUCCAGUAAAUGAACAUAGUCAACAAAAUCAGGGAGUGGAGGCUCAAACUUUUACAGAACUAGCUAAAAAAAAAAAAAAAAGAUUAGUAAACUUACUUUAUUUGAAGACGAAAUCCAUUCGCUUAUACUUUCAAACGAAUCUGGAUCGCUCUGGGCAGAUAAUCCAAGUCAUCGUAGCCCGCCCUUGACCACACGGUGUCAGCAGUAGAGAACAGCAGGCAGGGAAAGCACAACUACACAGCCACUAGGUCCUUAAAAACAUACAUUUUGGAAACUUUUGGUAAUCUUCUGCCCCUUAUGUGUAAGGCCGUAAGAUUUGGUCUAACCUUUGACAGAUUUUGUUUUCCUUUAAAAGAUAAAAUGGAAAGGAUUUCAGAUGUUACAAUGCAUUUGUCAGUGGCACGUCCAUAGCUAGCUAGGUCAGUUAGCUUUGUACGUUCUCACCGGACGCAAAAAAAUUUAUGAGUAGAAAGCAACGUAACUACACCCCAAAAACUGUGGGUCUUGUGCUUCUCCAUACCAAUUAAGAAUAUAUGUACCACCCGUCAAAAUUGUUUGUAUUCAAUUGCCACCGUUUUAAGGAGCAGACCCUGCGAGCGUUAGAGAGCAGUUUAGCCAGGACACUGCCUCCGUACAUAUUCCUUGUAAUUAAAUCUACAAAAUAGACAUGAGAUUUCUGGAGUGAUGAAAAUGACAUUUGUUGACAAAUCAAUAAUAAUUGAAGAAAACUGCACGUGAUUGUGAAGAAAUAAUUAUUGCAUUAUUUAAUCAGCAAAUUAUAAUGAUACACAAUUUUAUUGUCGUAGAUGUUUUAAUAUUGAUAACAUUACCCUUUAUUCAAUAUUAACGUAAUAAGAUCAAGUAUUGCUCCUGUUUACCUUGAAGUAUUGAAUUAACAGACCAAUUUGCAAUGGCCUUAUAUAAAUAAUUAAUCGUGUGGUUUAUACAAUUGUCUGCUGUUAUCAAAUUAAAAAUAUUGUUAUUCUUAUGGAAUAAAAUGAAAUAGGCAUGUGAUUUCUGAGACUGCUAUGUAUCUACAAAUCUUUUCAAAUCUCUGUUCUAACAGCAUGAGCAAGUCGGGGCAUUUAUUACCCAUUUUUUAUCACCCAUCAAAAACCUGGCCACAGCAUUAUAUGGAAUUAUGUGGGUAUGCUUCUAACAUUCUAAUAAGGCUACAGUAUGGGCAGUUCUGAAAUAGUAGGUGUAUCUCCUACUUGGUCCUAAAGGUUUCUUAUAUAAGUUUAAAAGUAAUUGUAUGACCUUUCAGAACCCCUUGUCAAACACAUUUCAAGGCCCAGUGCUGUCAAAAUCAUGACAUUUCCACAGUAUAUGUCCAUAGGAUGGGUGAGAGUUAAAAGAAUGCCAAGGGACUCUAAAUCCAUCUGUACAGGUAUGUGUGAUGUACCCUAAAGGUCAAAGUUAUGUUUACCCAAACAAUCCAACAAUGUGUCUGAUGUAUGGUUUCAAAAGUGUGUUAAGAAAAUUGCAGAGGUCUUACUGCUUUUAAGUGGGUCAUUGUGCCCUUGUCCAGCCCUCUCACUAUCCAGCAGAGAUACUGUCUUUCUACUUUGCUUGGCUCUGAUCCAAGGUAUAAAACCAGAAAGGAAAUGUU